AGCGACAGUCAGUCCCUUCAUAGGUGCCAAUAUGGAAGUUUUGGAGCAUUCAGCAUACACAGACUAUGAAUGGGCCACCGAAUUAAAUCGGAUCAAUUUAAUAUUGCUCGGGCUAUGGCCAGAAAAUAACGAAACUAAGCAGAAAAAGUUAAUGUCGGACAUACGUGUAAUCCUUAUAUUCAAUAUAAUAUUUUGGAGCUGCAUUAUUCCAACCUUACAUUCAUUGCUCAAGAUUUAUGACGACAUAAUGUCGGCAAUCGAUAAUUUGCAAUACACCUUAUCGAUUGGAAUGGCGUUAAUAAAACUGAUCAUCGUUUGGCACAAAAAAUAUGAAGUUCUACCUCUAUUAAAUAUGAUCAAAAACGAUUGGUUAAGACCAAAGACGUCCAAAGAGAGGAACGUUAUGUUAAAACAAGCGCGAAUCGCACGUAUUUUCACGAUAUUCGGUUUCUUGUUAAUACAAAUAUCUGCCGUCAUCAUUUUAGUUCUUCCCGUUUUUGGCAUUUCAAUGAGAUAUAGAACGAAUAGAACAGACCCAGGCAGAUUAUUGCCACUGCAAACGUAUUAUUUAUACAAUGUAAGUAGCAGUCCACUUUACGAGAUAACUUUUUUUCUGCAAAGCUUUAGCGUGAUGGCAGGCAGUACGAUGUACAGCGGCACAGAUACCUUUAUGAGUAUGCUGGUCUUCCACGUAUGUGGUCAAUUGGAGAAUUUCAAAACACGUGUUCGCAACUUGGAUAAAUUCCAAAACUUUGCAGGCGCUCUGUCGGCCAGCGUGAAGGAUCAUAUACGUCUUAUCAGGGCCAUUAUAAUUAUUGACGAUACGUUUAAUUUAAUGUUACUUGGAUUGCUGGUAUACUUCGGCAUACUGUUUGUUCUUUAUGGGUUUUUAUUUGUUUCUAUAGUAACGCAAGGUCGUAAUCUUUCUCUGGCACGAUUGUUUUUGUUCCUGUUAGGUUUUAUCAUCACAUUCGGACACAUGUGUCUGUACUGUUUGUUGGGAGAAUUUUUAGUUAUUCAAUUUGAUGGGAUUUACGAAGCUGUUUGCCAAUACGAAUGGUACAAAUUAAAGCCAAAGCAGGCGAAAGAUUUGAUGAAUAUAAUGAUGCAAACUAAAAGACCAUUGAAUCUUACUGCAGGAAAACUCUUUCCUAUGACAAUAGCUAUGUUAUGUAAUUUGUUAAAAACUUCGGGCGGCUACAUAUCUGUUCUAUUGGCUCGUCGUAAUUGAACUAGAAACCAAGUGGAAAUCAAUAUAUAACCCUCCCUUUUCCUUAUUAUAUAUUUUUAUCCAUAUUCAUAUUAUGAGUAAUAGUAAAAUAUUUUAUAAAAUAUAUCACAAAAUUGCAAUGCUUUUCCUUAUCCACAGAUAAAAUAUUAUGAUAUAUUACAUUGAGAAUAACGUUUAUUUUAUUAUCUUAUAUUUGAUCUCAAUUUACAAUAACUGUCUGCCAACCCAUGUUUGCUGAUGCGCUUAACAAGAUUCCAUUAAUUUUGCAGGUACUUUUAUUCGCACACUCGAAGUGAAAACUGAUGAACAAGCAAAGUCGUCAAUAAAUUAUGAUAUUAGAAAUCGA